GGUGCGCCGACCAACACGGUUCGGACUUUCUCCUUUGGCAGGAAUCAGCGCAAUGACGAGCAGAACCGAGCCGGCACCAUGCGCUCCAGGCUCCCUCGGACCGCCUGCCUACUGCGGCUCGUUGCACUCGGCAUCCUACUUUCGCACGCCGCAGCUUAUUUUGGGCUGACAGGACGCGAGCCCUUGGUCUUUCUGCCGGGUCCAUUCUCCAGCGAACCUUCCACGGGCAAAGCCCACCUGAAGCAGUGCGAGCAGAUGGUCCUGUCCCGGCGCCAAAAGAGGCUGUGCCGCCGUGAGCCCGGCCUGGCCGAAACGCUGCGGGAGUCGGUGCGCCUGAGCCUGCUGGAGUGCCGCUACCAGUUCCGGAACGAGCGCUGGAACUGCAGUCUGGACGGCCGGGGAAGCCUGCUGAAGAGAGCCUUCAAGGAGACAGCCUUCCUCCUGGCGGUGUCGUCAGCGGCACUGACCCACGCCCUGGCCAAGGCGUGCAGCUCGGGCCGCAUGGAGCGCUGCACUUGCGACGAUUCCCCCGGCAUCCAGCACCGGGAGGCGUGGCAAUGGGGGGUGUGCGGCGACAACCUCAAGUACAGCACCAAGUUCCUCAAGAGGUUCCUGAGCCAGAAGAGGAUCAGCAAGGACCUGAGGGCUCAGGUGGAUGGCCACAACAUCAACGUGGGGAUUCGGGCGGUGAAGAGCGGCCUCAAGACCACCUGCAAGUGUCACGGGGUUUCCGGCUCCUGCGCGGUACGGACUUGUUGGAAGCAGCUGUCUCCCUUCCACGACACGGGCCGGCUGCUCAAGUACCGUUACGACACAGCCAUGCGAGUGCUCAGCGUCACCAACGCCGCCACUGGCGAGAGCGAGCUGGCCGGGCCGCGCCGCCACAGCCAGAGCCUGCGCACCACCGACCUGGUCUACCUGGAGGACUCGCCCAGCUUCUGCCGGCCCUCGCGCUACUCGCCAGGCACCGGCGGGCGCUCGUGUGCCAAAGACACCAGCUGCCAGAAUCUGUGCUGUGGGCGGGGCUACAACACAGCCAUGCGCCUCACCAGCCUGUCCUGCCACUGCCAGGUGCGCUGGUGCUGCCAUGUGGAGUGUCAGACUUGUGUCCGGGAAGAGGAGGUCUACACUUGCAAGAACACUUAAGCCUCAAAAUAAGGUGGAACAUCAAGAGCCACUGGGAUUGUGGACGAAACUGAUCACCACACUCACAUAUGGCCCAACUGUGACGGCACAUGGACCACAAAUGACUACCUAGGAGGCGCACAUCAUAACAUCUCCUUGUGUCCACUGGUCCAAGUCUCAGCAAAAAGCUCCAUCCUUCUCUAUUGCUAGCUGCUGUUAUGCUAGCAGGGGCCAUCGCAAGUCAUUCAAUUUAGAACAAGAAUGCAAGACCUGUCUCAAACAAGUAGCGCAGUUAAGUUCAGUUCACCAGCGUGAGGCGCCAAUGAGACAAGAUGUCCUUAAGAUGGAGGGCAACCAACCUUUGGUGGUCGGUCUUGGGGUUUUUCGGUAUCGUAACUUAAAUGCACGAACGGAACAUUUUGAUGCUAGUUGGAUCAUGUAAAAAGCUUGAGAGAGACUUGUUUAUUUUGUUCAUAUUUGUUAAGACUACUACGUCAUUUUUUCGUCGCUCUCUAUAGAGCGAAUUUACUUUAUUACGCAAAUGUUCGACACUUAUUGAUUUGUCAGAUGCCGUACAUUUCAUUUCAUACAUGUUUUGCACAGGUUCUUUGCACGCCUGAGUUCUAGCGCUCACUGACAAAAUACUGUAUCAUGCUAACGCCACUCCCAGUCUGCAAUAGCUCACACAAUUACUGACCAUAGAGUCUGAACUUUUUCACGAUACGAGUUAUUUGGUUUUCUAGAUGGUACAUCUCACACUAUAGCACAUGUUCUUGACAGUUUACAUGAAAUAACGGUGUUUGGUCAACUUUUUGUUAAAGGGAUAGUUCGGAUUUUUUGACAUGAAUUUUGACAUCCCCAUCAGCAGUGUAGUGCAUCAACAGUGACUUACCCCUCCAAUUUGGUCCCGCGAGUCCAGUUCUGGUCGGAUUUGCAUGACGAUGAACGUAGUUCUGCUCAGUUGCUGGGUCAUUCAAGUAAACAGCUUGGCUUCUCAAAACAAUAUGCGUUGAAAACAGUACCAUAUUUGUAUCAUAAAAAUGCCUCCUCAAAAAAAUCUGACUUCACAAAUCGCUCGGCGUUAUAUUUGUCUCCCGCCGUGUGCCUGCGCACUGUCGCCUCUCCAUUCAUGUGUAUGUGAUGAAGAUGCUCGCAUUUUCAUCCACGACGGAGCGCCGCGGCCAUCUUGUUUACGUGUGUUCCACAGCGGAAGAAG